UUUUUUUCUCAUUUUGGCAGCUCCAAAUGACCAUUUGCUUUAUAGCAAUCGGUCCCAAAUUUAUUUCACCUUGGAGUCUCAUGAGGAUGCACUGCAUGAUGCAGAAAUAGCAUGUAAACUACGGCCAAUGGGUUUUAAGGCACACUUCAGAAAAGCACAAGCUUUAGCCACUCUAGGCAAAGUGAAAGAAGCACUCAAAGAAUUUCUCUAUUGUGUAUCCCUUGACGGAAAGAACAAGAGAGCCAGAUCUGAAGCUCAAAGGCUUCUCUUUAGUAUCUUUUCACCAUCAGUCCCGGGGGAGUCUCAGGAACAUUCUCCCGAUAUCCUGAAGCUGUUGGCAACUCACCCUAGAUUAAAGGAACACGUAGAGUCAAUGGCUACUGAAGGCACCAGCCAUAAUCUACCAAAGUUGUCACAGGAGAAUGUGGAGCUUCCCCAUUGCUCUAAUCAGGAGGGAACAGCAGCUGGGGAAGAGAGCAGCAGCCUUGCAAACCCAGCUCAAGGAAAGGUGAGUAGUGAAGAAGACAGAGAGAAGAAUAAGGAAAAAGACCAGAAGGCUGCCCCCACCAGGACCGGCAAAUGCCAGGAAAAGAAGAGGAAUCGUGAAACCCUAGAAGACUCAGAAUUGCCUAAGAAAAUCUCCAGACAAGAUCUUCCUGCUGAGCAGGGGGCCAAACCAGAUUUCGGUAUUCCACUUGGAUCUUUUGAUGCAUCUGACCUUGAAUGCUCACUGUGUAUGAGAUUAUUCUUUGAGCCAGUCACAACACCUUGUGGGCACACCUUUUGCUUGAAAUGUCUUGAGAGAUGCCUAGAUCAUAAUGCAAAGUGUCCACUGUGCAAAGAUGUUCUUUUACAGUGCUUGCCAUCAAGAAAAUAUAGCAAAAAUGUAAUAAUGGAAGAGCUCAUAGCUAAGUUCCUGCCAGAAGAACUCAAGGAACGAAAGAGGCUUUAUGAAGAGGAAAUGGAAGAGCUUUCUAACUUAAAUAAUAAUGUGCCUAUUUUUGUGUGCACCAUGGCCUAUCCCACCGUUCCUUGUCCCUUGCACAUCUUUGAGCCUUGUUACCGCCUGAUGAUUCGGAGAUGUAUUGAGACAGGCACAAGACAGUUUGGUAUGUGCCUUGGAGAUCCUGUCAAAGGGUUUGCAGAAUAUGGCUGCAUCUUAGAGAUCAGAAAUGUCCAAUUCUUUCCUGAUGGCCGAUCAGUGGUCGACAGCAUAGGCAAGAGGCGCUUCAAAGUGCUCAAUCAGGGUCAACGGGAUGGCUACAACACUGCUGACAUUGAAUACAUUGAAGAUCAAAAGGUUCAGGGAGACGAUUGUGCUGAACUUGUGGGGCUACACAACUGUGUGUAUGAGCAAGCAUCAUCGUGGUUUCAUUCGCUCAAAACAUCUCUGAAGAAUCGGAUCCUAAAUCACUUUGGUCCAAUGCCACAGAAGGAUGAAGACCCCCAGGUUAAUCCAAAUGGUCCAGCCUGGUGCUGGUGGAUACUGGCAGUUCUUCCCCUGGAAAGCAGAGCUCAGCUUCCCUUCCUGGCAAUGAGGUCCUUGAAGGAUAGACUGAAUGGUAUUCGUCGUAUCCUGGCCUUUAUAUCGAGAAACCAAAAUUAAAGGGACUGGAUUGUGGAAGAGGAAUUUCCACCCUCUCCACUGCCCCAAGGCAAUGUUCUUGUAAACAUAUCUAAUUGCAAUAACACCUUAACAGAAGAGAGAGUUCCCUAGACAGAUGUUAGUCUUCUUUUUGACCACACAGAAAUGAGGUAGAAAGACCAAAAAGAUGUGACCUGUUUGACUUUCUGUCUUCAGAUGCUUCUUGACACACUGUGCUAACACACAAACAGCACAAGUGUGGAAGAGGCCAGGAGUUGAUGUUUAGCAUCAUUUUUUUCCAAAAUUAAAAAGUGACUUUUCUUUCAUAACUGAAUGAGUGUGUGGUUGAAAUGUCAAGCCGAGAUACUAAUGUUGCUGUGUUCUUUCACUGACUUGAGGUCUUAUUUCAAAUGGUUCAGGUUUUAUAAAGCAUUGUGUAAAAUAAUGUUCAUACUUUUUUCUGUUUUAAUAAUUUAUUUUUUGCACUACUGCGCCCUUUUUCUACAUGUACGUUUGUAACUAUUUAAGUGCACAUUACUGAAAAGUCCAUUACUUUAUUUAUUGAUGUGGCUAUGUAUGUAGGGAGGAUAACAUUACUAACCAUGUGCAAUGUUCUUUCUUUACUCAGUUUUUGUUGAGUUAAUCCCAGUUCUUGGACUUUUCUAUAGUUCAGGUCUAUUCUAGUGGACUAAGUUUAAAAGAACUUCAGAAGAAUUCUAAAGUAAUUCAUCUUCACAGAUUCCACAUUUUCAGUUUGAAUUAAGGAACAGGAAAUACUUAAUUGAUUUGGCAUACAUUGUGGGGUAUACCAAAGUAAAGUAAAAGAAUCCAUUUUCCAUGUGUAAUACAGAAUAAGGUUGAAAGAAGUAUUCAAGAUCAGAGAGAUGAAUUACAGGUGUCUUUUUAUUAUAAUUAAUACAUAGGUAUUUUUUCAGGCAAUCUGGUUAGAAGAGUAUUAAUUUCUCCCCAGUGCAGUUAGGGAAGAGAUUAAUAUUUACCUGUUUUUUCAGAGGGAAUGGCUUUCAGUUUGGUGUGCCUUUCCCAUAUCUUCUGAGUUCUGAAGUUUUAAACCUAUACCAACAUGUGCUGAAAUACUUGAGAGACUAUUCCUUUCUUAAAGUGUGAAGAAACUGGAUAGGUUAGAACCUCUUUUAAAUCACUAUAAAGGAUCCAGAGAAGGAAUCCAUGGUUUUAUGUAAACUCUGCCUUCCCUCCUGGUAAUGAUGGGCCAAAGAUUUCAGUUCAGGGGGAGAAAAGACAGUGAAGAGAUGGGAGUCCUGUUUCUGAGUUUACUUAGUGCUAGUCUGAGUCCUUCUGUGUCAGAGAAACCCAAAAAAAGAGUAUGGGAGUGUUAUAGUGGCAGAGGAGAAAAUGAGAGUUUGGAAAAGUGAACUGUCACAUUUUGUUUCUUUCACAAACCACUCCCAGGUGAUUUCGUACAGCUAUGGUGUGUUAUUCACAUGUAGCCCCUCCAUUCUGUUAAUGAGAGAGGGGAGAGAGAGAGAGAGAGAGAGAGAGAGAGAGAGAGAGAGAGAGAGAGAGAGAGAGAGAGAGAGAGAGAGAGAGAGAGAGAGAGCACUUCCAGGAUCAGUCUGGGUUCUUCUAUAAUCACCAGAAACAUGGAAGAGUUGGGACUUGUGUGUGCAUGUGGGUGAGAGAGAGAUAGUCUCUAAACGCUAAAAAAGAGACUCAUGGAAGCAGAAAGCAACUUAUCACCGGCACUUGCUUGAUGGAGGCUGUGUUGUCAGAGCAUUGCCAGGUCUGAUGUUUGGAAUAAUCUGGGUUGGUGAAGAAUGACGCAAGUGUGCGGAAUGUAAAUACAGAAGUAGAUACUAUCCAAGUUAAGUCUAGAGGGCUCAGAGAGCAGGGCAUUAAGAGGCUUUUCCCUGCCACCUGAUGCUCAGCCAGCCAUAUGAUUAUAGCAAAGUCCUAGUAUUACAGCUUCCUAUUCUAUAGUGCAAACACUCUAUAGUGCAAACACAACAAAGAAGAGGAAAAGCUUCUCCACUUACUACAUGUGUUUCUUUGGCAAGUAAUUAGCUUCUGUUGAGUCCCAGUUUUCUUAUACAUGAAAUGGUACUUGUGCUCACAUCAGCAGCACAUAUACUAAAAUUAGAAUGAAACAGAGAAGAUUAGCAUGGCCCCUUCACAAGGAUAGUAAGCAAAUUGGGGUAGUGUUCUAUGUAUUUUACUAAGAGAUGAAAUGGUAUUAAUUGCAUAUAUGCUUGUUAGGAACAUUAAAUGGGACAUGUCAGAAAUUACUUAGCACAGUGCCUUGACGAUGGGAGAUACUUGAUAGACUAUUAUCAGCCAUGUUGCAGAAUAUCGUCAAUGGUCUACAGUUGCAUGAAGCACUGCCUUUACUUGUAAUACUCAUUUGCACCCCACUGUAAAUCCAAACCACUGAUUCUUGGACCACAACGUGACUCCUAUUGGGGUUAAGACCAGCAAAGUAGAGCUGGGGAUACAUCUCAGUUGCUAGUGUUUACCUGACAUGCAUGGGGUGCUGGAUUCUCUCUCCAGUACUGUAAAAAUAAAAGAAAUGUAAAGGAAAUUAAAAGACUGGAGAGAAAAUGAGGGUUAGAUGUAGGGGCUAAUUUCUAUGCCAAGAAAAUUGUUCCCAUUUUAAUUAGGGCUAAAAAUAGUGUUAUAUUGGGGGGACGUCUAGAAUUCUUGAUAGAAUGGAAGCCUUAAGUUCUGGCUCUGUAAGAAUAACCAAACCAUGUCUCCCUGUUCUUCAUAUGUUAAGAAUCUCAACUAGAAUAAUUAGAACAAUUAGAUUUCACCAUUUAUGGAGUUUGCACACAGCCAAUAGUAUUUCUUUCUGCUGCCCCAAAUAACAGACUCUACAGUGAUGUACUGAAAACAUACCAUUGUACCAGAUACUAAACUGAGUGAUCUCACUCACCUGAGCACAUGAAAUAACCUUUUAGACAGCAUUGUUAGAUAUAUAGAUAAGAAAACAGAAGCUCGGCAAUUUUAAAGAAUGUGCCUAUGUAACAUGUUCAGUGAGUGGCCAAGCUUGAUUCUGUACCCACAAUGUAGCAGAUACUGGAACAUUUUGAACAGUUUCUGUUAUGUAUUUUUUACUCAAUAGACAUGGUAAAUCAAAUCACAAAACCCCCUAAGAGCUCAAAAUGUGAAGUUCUAGGUAAAGUAAAAUGAAGCCGUUCAAUACAUCUCUUAUUAAUCCAAGGGGAAAGUGGAUUUUGGCUUCUUAAUACAAUUCCUUUGAUAAGAGAAUACCCAAGAACACAUGGAAAUCUUUGCUGGGAUAAAUAGCACUUUCCUCUGAGCCUGGAUCCAGGUUGGAUUGUUCUCCAGCCAACUCGAAUUGCAGUUAACAGUAAUGGCAGGCUACUAGGCUUUGACUUUCUUUGGGAUGUACAUAAGUGGGAUAAUUCGUUGAACAUGACCAUUUUUAACACCUGCGGAUAGGUUCUAUUUCUAAGCUCAGCCAUGAGCCAAACAGAGAUAAAACCUAUAUCUCAGCUGGAAAGUCGAGUCCCCCUUGUAGACAGUGCCACUUUCUUGGGUUAGUCUUUCUUACAAUCUUGAAUUCAUGACUGACCCAGACCUUGUAGAUUAUUUUCUGUGUGUGUGUGUGUGUGUGUGUGUGUGUGUGUGUAUGUAUGUAUGUAUGUAUAUAUCUGUGCGUGUGUACGCACACACAGAGACCCUAGGUAGCAAGCAGACCUUAUGCCUUUCUGCUUUGUACCGUACUACUGCUGCUAGCUAAAAACCAGCAAAAUGUAGAAAGUGAAAAAUGAAGAAACUACUUUUCAGUGGAUAAUUUGGAGAAAAUAAGAUGCUUGCUCCUCAUUUAAGGGAGCAGAGAACUACUCCAAUAGCUUGCCUUUUCUGAAGGCCAAGUGCUUCGAGUUCCAUGCUGCCUCAGUAGCAGGGUUGAGUUGUGAUGGCACAUGUGGUGCUGCUAUCUCUGCCUGUGGAACUGGCCUGGGUUCAGAUAAUCCCCUGUGAGUAGCCACAGAAGCCUCAGAACUUCCACGGCUGGGUCACUGCAACAGGGUCAACAAGUUGUGCCCUGCUGAUAGACUGCGACCCCCUGGAGCCUGCAUUCCCUGUGCCAACUCCAUUUCCAGCAUGUGAAUUUUAGCCAUAGAUUCAUCCCUGAGUUCCCAGCUUGUUGACUGUGUGUCCAUUUCAACUCGUCAAGGUAGAAACGGGCAGGCUGCAAGCCCCUUCUUGGGUCUUAAAGAAUGAGGUUUAGAUUCUGGAUAGAAGACAACUCUGAAAAGCAUACACGGCAUAGCCUUGGCUUCCUGGCAUUUCUAAUGUUCAGAGGGGAGGGAUGGAAAGGAGCCAUGCACAAUGUACACAUUCAAUUCCUUUUAGAAUAAUAGGUCCCAUUCAGUCUACUGCUUAACUACUUAAUAAUCUGGAUUGUGCACAUCCAGCGAUGAAGUGAAGAACUUUUCACUUACAAGUGGGUGUUUCCAAACAUGUUAAAAUAACCUCCAGAGAGAAGUGCCUGGAACUGCUGUUCCUGGUGUCACUUUAAAGCUUUUUGCUUCAUGACUCUUAAAACCUGUUUGCAGCCACAAAUGUGAUUAGCAGAAGUUUACAACGCAACACUGUACCUGACGCAUUAUCUUAAAAGUCUGUGGACAUCCAUCUACUGUUCAAGCAGUGAUGACAAGCAGUGAGAUAAAAAGAUAGCAAAUAGUUCAGCAUGGCACCAUUGGCUGUUGUUAGACUAGUAACAUUGGUGUAUGCCGUGCUUUGUAAUGCCAGGACUAAAGUAAUCAAGCAAGCCACUUAAACAGUGGCAAGUGUGUGUAUGUGUUAGGUUUCCAUUUGUUUGUUAAGCAGCCAUUUUACUUUUCCAUGGUCAUGAGUUGAAGGGAAAUUAAGAUAACUCUCCCUCCCCACCAAUGCUAUUCAACUACCUCUCUAUGCCUGAUUUCUUUAAAAGGGUUCCCUUCUUCUAAAUCUGCACAAAAUAGUUUCAGCUCAUCUACGUUGUAAUCGCAAUGUGAUAUAGAUGAUCUCUGUGGAAAAAAAAAAAUUUGUUCAUUAAACACAAAUUUCCUGUUGU